GUGAAAAUCAAGCCUACCAAUCAUAGAACUUCAGCAGAAUCUUGUGGAAGUACGUUUUGAUUGUCAUCAGGUUGAAUUUCGUUUAUUUGACAGUAUUAUUAAACAAUGGUUAAAUUAACGCCAGAUUUAAUUCAACAAUCCAUGCAAUAUAUUAAUCCUGUAAAAGAUCGUGAAUUAGAUCUCAGAGGAUCAGUUUGAUACUAUUGAUUUUUCUGAUAAUGAUAUAAGGAAAUUAGAUGGAUUUCCUCUGUUAAAAAGAAUUAAAACUCUUUUUUUCAAUAAUAAUCGUAUUGUCAGAAUUGGUGAAGGAUUGGAACAUUGUAUUCCAAAUUUGGAAACUCUUAUGUUAACUGGAAAUAUGAUUCAAGAACUUGGUGAUUUAGAACCACUAACACAAUUAAAAAAUUUAACAAAUCUUUGUUUACUACAAAAUCCAGUAUCUGCAAAGCCUCAAUAUAGACAAUAUGUUGUAUAUAGAUUUCCACAAUUGAGGCUUUUAGAUUUUAGAAAAAUUAAAAUGAAAGAGCGUGAAGCUGCAGUUGUAUAUUUUAGAAGUAAGAGAGGAAAGGAAAUGGUUCGUGAAAUAGCAAAGAAAGUAAAAACACAAACCUCUGGUAUAUCUACGGAUAAACCAUUGAUAACCCCAGAGGAACGUAACAAAAUAAGGGAAGCUAUUACAAAUGCUUCUUCUCUUGAAGAAGUGCAACGCCUUAGCAAAUUGCUACAAGCUGGACAUAUGCCUAGUGAAGAAAGAUUGCAAAAUGGAAAUACAAUGCCCGAAGCAAUGGAAGAAGAAGAUGACUAAGUUAUUUUAUACAUUAUUUUCAGAUCUAAAUGAAGCAAGAAAAGUUUUGUUUAUUGAAGUAAGUACAUAAUUAUACCAUAGAUGGAACUCAUGAACAGUUGUUAAGUUAAUAAGAAUGUAUGCUACACACAAAUACAUUAUUAUUUGAAGAUGUAAAAAUAAAACUAUUAUAUUCCUUACUUAGUCCGAGAAAAGCGAUUUUAUGACUGUUUCUGAAAUUAUUUUUAAUGUGCAUAUGUAUUUAUUUCAGUGAGAUUUCAAUAAACUACUUGCCGAA